UGAGGCGGGUGCACUGCCGACAUCGAUAACAAGGCGCCGAUACGCGGCUUCGACACACGUGGAAAAUGUGGCUUCCUAUAUCUGAUCCCUGAUUGGCUGUUGUUGUUCUACAGUGCAUUUAUUAGCAAUGGGUUUGAAUUGGAUUGGCAUCGGACUUCUGAUUCUCGUCCUGAACGUGGCAGCUGAUGAUGAGGAGGAACACAAGGCUAUGGUGAAGCGACAGAUCAACAGUAUACCUUUAGUUUAUCCCCAAGGAGGUACUUAUAAGUUUAUCAUCGGCUUAUCAGCCCCAAUCAAAUCGGAGGACUACGUGAGUCUCGCUUUCGCUGCGAACUUCCAGUAUCAGUAUGUGCAGUUCCAGAAUAUAAGUGAACUGUCCCGGUACUACUUCAUCAAGACCGUCUCUAGAGAACAGAGAGAGGCUGAGAUCGCUGCUAGGAAGGAUGAGAGGCUCACGUUUUACACUGCUGUCGCCGACAUGUUGCGAUCGAAAGGUUUCAACGGUGAGGAGUGUGUUUACCGAGCGAUUUGCGAAGCUGCGCAGUAUCCUGUUGAAGAAGAAGGCUUAGUGGGAGAAAUAAUACAUAUACUACUCACGCCAGAUUAUGGAAAGACAGCAUUUGAUGACAAGGAUGAAGACUUGGAGUAUAUGAUGGCGCCCUACAAUGAUGCGGCUACUGCUGGGCGGCAGAUGUUCAACUGUGCUUCCAUCUACUCCGGCUGUCCUGAGGGUCAGGGUCUGAUGGAAAUGUUCAGCGUACUUAGAGACGAAUAAUAGUAAUGUUGUUAGUGUUUGGGUGAAGGUGUCUUUGAAAAGAAGUACCUACAUUAUGUGAAUAGUAUGUUUGAAUAUAGUGACUUCUGGAUAGAAGGUCUUUAAAAUAUUAUUAUUAUGUACUUAUAAAUAAAUGUAUGUGCAUUUUGUUUUCAUUGUUAUCUAAAGAUUUUAUGAAUGGAAUGAACUUGAAAAAUU